AUGCUUCUUUAUCUGAGCUUUGAUAAAUCCAAAAUUAUCAACACAAACAGAACUGUAGGGCCAUGUCGAUUUGAGGAGUUCGUCCAUAUCAAAUGUACUUUGAAAAAUAGCGCCCGAGGAGCCUUUACAAACUUCACGGUCCGUGCAUGCGGUGACUGGGGCUCACGAUGCGAAGCUUCGGCAACCGUCUGCGCCGAACAAGGAGGUGUCGGCCAAUGCUUCACCUGUGAAGAUGAUUUAUGCAAUGCUGCAUCUAAAGUGACUUCUCUAGCAAUUUUCUUCAUUGUAGCGAGUUUGCUGCUCUAA